UCAGCUGUUCGCGGUGCACCCGGCGGCGGCGGCGGCAGUUUGGCGGUGGGGAGGCGCGGUGACGGUCCCCCGUCACGGGGCGUCCCCAUCCCCGCGGGACGCCCGGCCCGGCCCGCUCGGCGGCUUGAAAUUCCUCUUGCUAGUCUUCCGUUCUGUUAAAUGCUUCGCAAACCAGAGCAAAGGAAGAGACGUGAAGAGUUGAAUUUCACUGCCUUGUUUGGAACUGGGUGGAAAUCCUGGAGAUGGAUCUCUUAGGAGACUGUCUUCCAAUGGGGUUAGAUGCACAGGAGCAAUGGAUCGCCCCAGCUACCUGGAAGAGGACUAUUCUAGCCUGGAUGGGCUGGACGAUGACGUGUUUCACUCUGAUGACUUUGGACUUGCAGGUCAGCCUGGUGAGAUGACUGCAACUGGCAUUUUCACACAGAACCAGUCCUACAGCUGCCUUCUGGGGAGGUUUCAACUAUUUCCCCUCACACACUGCUGUGGUCCCGGUGUCAGGCAUCCUGAGCAGCAGGACAAGGCAACUCAAACACUCAGCCCAUCCUCCUCCAGUCAGGAUGUUAUGUUGCCUUGUGGAGUCACUGAAGAGCCCCGGAGACUCUUCUAUGGGAAUGCUGGUUACCGCUUACAUGUCCCUCCAGUUGGCUUUGCUUUGGAUCCAAAUCUCCAAGAAGAGCCUCAGGAAGGUCAGCGGGAGGCACGUACUGAGGUGCAGAUUGCACGGAAAUUGCAGUGCAUUGCAGACCAGUUCCACCGGCUCCACAUACAGCGGCAUCAGCAGAACAGAAAUCAAGUGUGGUGGCAGCUUUUUCUCUUUCUACACAACUUGGCCUUAAAUGUGGAGGCGAACAGGAACCGCACUGGGCAGAGGUGAGCUUCACCCACCUGUUUCAGGCCACAUCCAGUCUGCAGGGAGCACUGAACAAACACUGGUUCGGGGGAGAGACGUGCACACCGCCGGCCGGAUGUGAGGACUCUGAAAUUCUUAUACUCGUCUUCAAGUUUGGGGUUUUAUGGACUCUUCUUUGCUGCUCCCUGCCUUGUCAGGCGGGGAGCUCUUGUCCAACACUGUCGAAGGAAAGCCAGAAUGUGGAUGUGUUUGGUAAAGCUUGCUGCUGGUUCCCCGCACCGAUAACCUCUGUGCAGGAGAGGCAGGUAUUAGGCUAACAGUUUCCUCUGCCCUGUGUGUCACUCAAUGAUAGAGUGCAGGAGUGUCAUUUUGACUGCUAGUUAUAAAUGAUGUCUGAGGACUGAUGACUUUGAACAUCAAACGUACUUUGGGUAUCUUCACAAGCAGAGAUGAUUCCUCCAUGAUGAAAGUUCUUUUUAACAAUGGAAACAUUUCAGUAGCUUAUAUUCAGCAGGUUACCAGUUUUCUGAAUGGGUUUAUUUCUUUGCAUCUUACGUGAGAGAAACUGAUAAAGAAAUACAAUGUCCUCAAUCUUUCCAUUGGGCACCAGUUGCAGCUCUCAUGUGAAGUUAUUCUUUGUCAUUGCUGCCAACAGACCAAACUGUUUCAGUUGAAUGUUCUUAGAAACAUUCCUGGAGUUACUGGUGGCUAUUAACUUCUGUCCCUCUUCACUUCCAGUUGAGUAUUCACAAUACCCGAAAGCCAGCAUGAAACUAAAAACCAUGGAAUAUGACACGUGUCAUUUUUUCUACAAUGCUAUUGUAAAUGCUUUUAUUAGUUUUAUGAUGAGUGGUUUUGUUUGUUUGUUUUUCUCUCCUGUCACCAUAAUGUGGUUGGCUGGGAAGGCUUAGGUCCCAGGCGUCUGAUUAGAAUUGCUUUAGGAUUUGACAGGAACAUUAACUAGCAGCUAGUUUGACACAUACACUGUACAAACAAUCUGUCCAUUACUCCACUAAGUAGUGUUUGGAGGCAUAUACUGACUAGUAGCAAUAAUAUUAUUUCAUGAGAGACCUUCUAGUAGUUCCUAGUUUCUAUGCACUCAGAAAUUCAUCCAUGUGAUUGAUGCUAUUGGAUCAGCACAGGAAAAUAACCCUACCAAAAGGAUGCAGCCUUAAAGAUCUCAGGCUUCCUCUGUGUAGCCUUAAAUAUCAUUAGUUCACAAACCCAGUGGUAACUAGGGUAAAAUAUUAACAGAGAAAACAGUACAAACUUCAUUUUUUUCAGACCACUUCCAUAUCUCCACUGCACGUUGUUGUAGAUCUCAAAUUACAAAACUAGCUUAAGGAAGAUCUGUCCAGAGAAUUGCUCUUUAACCCCAUUACAAACGUUAACUUCAGCUGCUGAGAAAUUUUUCUGCUUUUGGUCAACUCUGAAAAAUAGGCAUUACUGUAUGAGAAGAGUAGUUGCACAUACACUUUCUCCUCCAUCCCUCUCUGCAUAUCCUUCUGUAAUUCAUGCUUUCUAUGGUAUUUCAUAUGAUGUCAUCGAUGCACUAUAGUGUAUGAUAACAAUUUGCUGAACACAUUUAGAUGUGGACUUUCUCCCUCUUUUCCAGCUCUGUUUUCUCUAUCUGCAUCCUGCUUCAUUGUGGCAAAAUGUGCUUUAGCUCCCUGAAAGAGGUCUCACAGCCUUUUUUCACUUUCAUAUAUUCACAAUCACUCUCCUGCAACAUAAUGAGAGUUUGUGAGAAAAGCUUUUUUUCCUCCUUUUAUGUUAUUUUUUCUUUUUUCUAGCUAGGGCUAGAGUAAUUUGUUUGUCCAGGAUGAUUAAUAAUUCAUGCAAAUGAAUCUCAAGUAAUAUUUUAGGGGGCGGGUUUUAGGAUGGGGGGAGGUUCUUGGGGGGAGGGAGUUGUUUUGUUUUUUUAUUGUUUCUUUAAGCAUGUGCACUACAGAGUUACCCAGAGGGAUACAAGUGCUAUCUGUUGCCGACUAUGUUGCAGCAGUAUGAGAAGCCACUCUCUGCCCAUGUUUUACAGAGAUGAGGCUUUCCAUACCUUGCUUUGCACAGUCUGCUUGGACUAAACGCUGGUCAUUGGAGAACAAGGACUUUAAUAGGGGUAGGGGGAAAGCCUGAGGGGUAGUGUGAGAACAGACUGAAUUGGGGGCCCAUAAGAAACCCAAUGCUAAGGGCAAGACUGUUAAAAUGGAAAACCUUAAAGAGGUGCGCUGAGGCUCAGGGAGCAAUGCAGCUGUGUUGCCUGCCAGCAUGCUCUAGGACUCGAUGCUUGCAUUUUCCCACUCGGUGCCAUUGCCCCUUUAUUGGGCACUGUCACAGUAGAUCAAAGCUUCAUCAUAACAGCCCCACAAACUAUGAAAGACUCAACAAGUGCAUCUGACACCUAAAAAAACAUCAGGAGCUUUCCACUUCCCCUCUGCUUUGACUUGACUGUGAAACAGGCCAAUAAUGCCAGUAUCUGCUCUGAAUACGUAAGCUGGAAAGACAGGUCUGGUAUUGGCACUUUCUGGUAUUGCAACCCUACCAGUUAUUCUAGGGCAUAACUGUUCUUAAUGUGGAGAAACAAAUACCUGAAAUUGUUCAGCAGUCAGGCUGACUGCCUGAAUUGAACCACUUGGCUCAGGGAAAGACACAACUUUGCCAGUCCAUAUUUCCCAUUGUAACAACAAACUUAUCAAAAUUGGUCAUGCCAAAGUCUUUAGUUAAAAUCUCCUCGAACAACAAUACUUCAUUGGAGACAUAGAGCUACUCCCAGACAAAGGCUGACUUCCUGCAAUACGCACGGUGGUUGAUGUUGCCAGAGAUUUGCAACCGCUGAUAAUAUAUUUGAAUUAUAUUCCGUAUCUGCGUAUCUUGGAGAAAGGAAAUAUGCUCUGUCAACCCAAAAUUCUUAUUUUGCUCCAUGUAGACGUUAUGGGGCAGUCUGGUUUUUCACUUGAGGAAAAGGAGCUGUUUCAUGCUUACAGUCUCACCUACUUGAAGAAAUAAUGGGUACUUGUUAUUUAUUUUUUCCUUCUGGCCUGGUCAGAUGAUUCUGUCUUCUCUGGAGGGUGAAAAGAUUUCACAUGUUUACUAACAAAUACACAGAUGUACAUCACUCAUGUGAUCAUCCUUUUGUUUGACACCCAUCCUGUGUUUGUAAGGACCCUUCAGCAUGAGGGAUUGACACUGAGAUCUUCUCAGAGAACCUCUUACAGUGUGACCACAGACACAGGCCAAUUGUUCGGGGAAACACAUCCAAGGAGCAUGGAUUAAUUCUGUUGCUGAAGGAAUAUGAUCAAUUUUCUUUUUUAUGCUAAGUUGUCUUCUUGAAAGAACUGGGAUACUGUUUUUCUGUGACAUAAAACUACAGUCUAACAAUUAUAGAAAACAAUUGGAUUUUCCUUCUAUAAAUACCUAAUUUGAACAACCAGUUCUUAAAAACAAACAAACAAACAAACAAUAACCUGAGCUGCUGAUAAUAUCAGCAGUACUUAAAUAUCUUACUUGCUUUUCCCAGAUCUUCAAAAUGACUUCAGACCUCAGCUCUCUCCUUGAGAGAUAAAGAUCUUGGUGCCCCUACCCAACUUCUCACCCUUUUGGGCAUCUUGUAACCUUGGCCAUCCCUGGAUCCAGUAAACCUGGUGCUAGUAGGGAAUAGUUAAUUUUACUUUUGUUUCCUGCAGUUCUUGAAAGCUGAGCCAGUAAUCACAAAGUGACUGCCCAGGGAUAGCUGCAAACUGCCAUUAAUAGGAUACAAAAAAAGGCAGAAGAUAAAAUGAAUUUGCAUAGAAAGGAUCGCCUUUGGAUUUGUGUGCAAGGCUUCAGACUUCUCCCAGGGUGCUGAUAAUCUCUGGUAGCACUGAAUUCCUUAAUAACAGAUCACAUAUCUCAGUUUAAGUAGCCUAGUGGGUUAGAUGUUUGUCGGCUAAACUCUCUGUAGAAGAAUCCUGAAAGAAACUUCCUUAUCAGCCUUUGCUUUGGAGAUGUGUAUCAGCAAGGGACUAGAGUAGAGGAACCCAGUCCUUCUUAAUAUAGAAAG